GUGUAUGUAACAGGGAGAAAGAGUGGAGAAAAGCAACAGGAACAAAAGUUGUGGACCUGAGUGAACAGCUCUGCGGUGCUCACCCGUGAAAUGUUGUAACCAGCUCUCCGUUUGCAACAGACAGCUAGCCGUGUGCUUUGGUAGACGACGGUGGCCUCACCUUGCAUUGCGUUGCCAAAAGGCGGCUCUUGAAGCUUUUUUGGCACAUCGCGGAGACUGGAUGCGCUCGGGGACGGUUCUCUUUGGUUAACGUCAGCUAAGUUUUAACGCUAGUUAGUGGGGAAAGACGCCUCGUUUCUCGUAGAAAAUGCCUUAGAUGAAUUAAAUCCACGCAGUUUUAAUACAUUUUACCCUGUUUGUCCAUCCGUACUCGACACGUUUUGGACUUGCUCUGAGGGAAGACGUCUCCUGACCCUUGGUGACAGCAGAGGUGCAGGAAGAGGGCUGCUGAGAGGCCUGGAAAUUGAUCACUAUUUUACCUAAUCUAGCACUGGAUUAACUGGGCUGCAAUGGCGUCACCCGGAGACGUCGCUGGGGGAGGAGCUAAUGAAGAAUUCAAUGACAAAAUCAAAUCAAGAUCUGAUGAGCACGACGCAGUGCAGAAGAAAACGUUCACCAAAUGGAUAAAUGCACAAUUCUCCAAGACAGGGAAGACGCCCAUCAAAGACAUGUUCACCGAUUUGAGAGACGGGAGGAAGCUGCUGGACCUUCUGGAGGGUCUCACUGGCAGUGUCCUGAGCAAAGAGCGAGGUUCCACCAGAGUGCACUCUCUGAACAACGUCAACAAAGUACUUCAAGUCCUACAUCAAAACAAUGUGGAUCUGGUAAACAUAGGAGGGACAGAUAUUGUGGAUGGGAACCACAAGCUGACCUUGGGCCUCAUCUGGAGUAUUAUCCUUCAUUGGCAGGUGAAAGACGUCAUGAAGGAUGUUAUGUCCAACCUACAGCAGACCAACAGUGAAAAGCUCUUACUGAGUUGGGUACGACAGUGCACCCGCUCUUACCCGCAAAUCAAUGUGUUGAAUUUCACCACCAGCUGGGUGGAUGGCCUAGCUCUAAACGGCAUACUUCACCACUUCAGGCCAGACGCUUUUAGCUGGGAUAAGGUGGUCACGAUGAACCCUGUGCAGAGACUGGACCACGCCUUCACUUUCGCCAAAGACCAGCUGGGUAUUGAGAAGCUGCUGGAUCCUGAAGACGUGGCAGUGCAAGUACCAGAUAAGAAGUCCAUCCUCAUGUAUAUAACAUCGCUUUUUGCCGUGCUGCCUAAAGACGUGAGCAUGGAGGCCAUCAAAGAAGUGGAGACCCUCCCACGCAAAUAUAAAGUGGAGUCAGAAGACUCAGGUCCAGGACUCGGUGCCCAGACUGUACAGACAGAGGAGGCAGGCAGCAGUCGUCGGCCCGAGACCCCCAGCACCAUGACGGAGACAGAGGGUGAGAUGAAGGGCGGCCUGCUGGAGGGGGACCUUGACACCUACCAGACUACGCUAGAGGAGGUUCUGACUUGGCUGCUGAUGGCUGAGGAUGAUCUACAGGGUCAGGACGACGUCUCGGACGAUGUGGAAGAAGUGAAAGAGCAGUUUCACACACAUGAGACAUUUAUGAUGAAACUGACAGCGCGUCAGAGCAGUGUGGGUUAUGUGCUGCAAGCGGGUAACCAACUGAUUGCUCAAGGCAACCUAACAGAUGAGGAAGAAGAUGAAAUCCAGGAACAGAUGACCCUCCUCAAUGCCCGCUGGGAGGCUCUUAGAGUGGAAAGCAUGGACCGUCAGGCCAGGCUCCAUGAAGUCCUGAUGGAUCUUCAGCAGCAGCAGCUGCAGCAGCUUUCUGACUGGCUGACACAGACAGAGGAGCGAAUCAGGAGGAUAGAGACACAGCCAGCAGCAAAGGACAUGGAGGCCUAUAAAGAACAGAUAGAGCAACACAAAGAACUCCAGAAUGACUUGGAGGCGGAGCAAGUAAAGGUCAAUUCUUUAACACACAUGGUGGUUGUGGUGGAUGAGAAUAGCGGUGAGAGUGCCACUGCUGCCCUGGAGGAGCAAUUACAAUCUUUGGGUGAACGUUGGGGAGCCGUGUGCCGCUGGACUGAGGAAAGGUGGCACAAGUUGCAGGAAGUCUUUAUGGUUUGGCAACAGCUUCUAUCAGACCAGAGCUUGUUUAGUAUAUGGUUGGUUGAAAAAGAGGAGGCCUUGAAUGAAGUAAAGACGAGCAACUUUAAAGACUCCGGUGAAAUCAAUAUGAACGUGCGCCAGUUAGCUAUUUUAAAGGAAGACAUGGAAAAGAAAAGGAGGGCUCUGGACAAGCUGUCUGAUGCAGGACAGGAUGUGAUUCAGCUGCUGCGAAGUCCUGAGGCAGGAGCAAAGAUCGAGGCAGACACAGAGGAGCUGACACAGCGAUGGGACAGCUUGGUGCAGAAGUUAGAAGACUGCUCGUUUCAGCUAAUGGAAGCUGUGACGGAUGCUGGGAUGACUCAGGUGGAAGAACAGGUCGUUGUGGAUACAGUUGCCGUGGAUUCGGUCACUUCAAUUGACGAUCAGGACCUGGCCCCACCUGCUCCCCCAAAGAAACGUCUGAUGGAGACGGAUGCAGAAGUCAUAAGAAUGUAA